CCCCAAAUGGUUGUGAGAAGAGCUGCUACAAUUUCAUUUCUUCGAUGUAUGCUCUCAGAUAUUUAUUCUCCAAUGCAAGUUGCAUCAGUUAAAUUUGAUGCUCGUCUUGAUUAUGGAAUGGACAAUGAGGUUAUCGAAUUAUUUGAGAAAAUCAUAAAAAGAUUUGGAAAACUGAAGAGAGAUAUGAUCCCGUUUGAAAUUUUCAAGCUCGUAACACUCUACUGUACUUCACAAGAUAUCAGAGGAAUACUUGGAAAUACUCAGAUUCCAGAAAUGAAACCAUCCUAUCGAAACACGCUCACAAAACUCGAAAAAAUUCGAGAAGAAAUCAUAGAUUAUCAGAAUAGAGAACGGCCACCAACUGAGCCCCACAUGAAGACAUUUCUCGAUUUUAUUCUCAAAAAAGCAGUUGAAAAUCAUAAAUACUUGGAAAUGGUGGAAUAUGAAAAAGAUGGGAAUCAUUUGGAAACUUAUAUUGAUGACUUAUGUGACAGUGCUCCGAAAAAGGAGUUGUACGGUGGUCAUCCAGGACUACAAGAUCAUGUUGUGUUUCUGAAGCCAAUGGUUUGGACUGAACGUGGAUAUGCAAUCUCUCCAGACUUAUUCACAAUGUAUCCUGAACUUGAAACAUUUUUCCGAUCGAAAAUCGGAAUGGCUUUUUAUCAGAAUUAUAUGAAAUAUAUUGGGAACAAAUUUCCAAAUAUGCAAAACAAGAUUCUGGAUCAUGUGAAUGCAUUCGCCAGUCAAUAUUUCCAAUGGAUGGUUUCAAUGGUUAAUUUCCCAAAUAAUAUUCCGGCUGAUGUUCGUUGGAAGUAUGCACCUAUGGAAACAAAUUAUUCAAGCACAUCAACAUUCAAAAAAAUUCUUUUGCGUUUUUUCACUUUUUUCGAAAAUGGUAGAAUUCGACGAAAAUUCGUUUUUCUUCACGAAAUUCUUGUGGUCUUUCAAAAAUUGGAAACACUGAAAAUUUCAUUUGUUGGUUCAGAUCCAAUCAAACUUUCAUCAAAAACCACGGAAUCUCCACUUGUUCAUGAGAUUGCGGAGUUUACAAACGCAGAACAUGUAAUGAUGAUGAUUCGUAAAACAAUUCCAAAUGCUGAGGAUUCUAUUGAAAUUUUGGAUUCCGAAUUGCAUGCUAUGGGAGUAAUUGAUAGAAAAUGUCUUCCAAUUGUAUCUCCAUACAAUACUCAUUGUAUUCCUUCUCCACAAGCAUUCCAGAGAAUCGUUGAAAUUCUUAUAGACGAGGUUCAGAUUGGAAGACGUAUUCCAUUGAAUUUCCGAUGUCUGGAAGUUCUUAUCAAGAAAAUGGAACGAAUUUUCGUUGGAAAACACAUUUUUAAAACGAUGGUCGACAGAAAUAUGGUACAUGAGUUGAUCAACGAAGCAACAGAACUUAUGGAAAAGUUCAAUGGGAAGUUGAAAAAGCCAAAGGGAUUGUUGGGUGAAAUUACACCGGAUUUGUCGGAGCAACAGAAAAUUGAAGCAUUUUUAGAUGCUUAUGAUCAGUUUAAACCAAUGGUAUCCCGCAAUGAAAUGAUCCCGAUUCCAGAGGAUUUUGAGCUAAUGACACCUCCAGGAGAACCUGACAUGGAUUUCGUGCACUUUCAGAUUUGUCCACCAACCAACGAAGAUCUUCGUAAUUAGGAAAUUAUUUUUCGAAGUCAGAUUUCUAUAAAACAUAGUAAAUUUCUACUGGAGACUUCCGAUUAUCUCAGAUUUAUAAUCAAGAUCCUACUAAAUAUCUCUUUUUCGUUUUAUCUACCUCACGUGUAUUCCGAAUCGUACCCUUUGACCUGUAAGGAUAAAGUAUAGAAGUAUAAAAUAACGCCGCAAUAUUCAAAAAAAGUUUUCUGCAAUUCUGGAAACAAGCGACACCCGCGCCUUCUGAAUACCUACCUCUACCUUUUACUUUUUGUCUACCUGAAUACCUUUUACUUUUUGUAACUUUCUCACAUUUCCGUUUGUUUGAAGCUUUUUCAUUAAUGAAAAUUUACAUAAUCCGAAAAAUUGAAUUAUUUUGUAAAACUAAUUGUUGAAAUGAUUCAAGUGUAU